UCCGUGGGGUUAGUCUGCGGCGAUUCGUGCCACGCGAUGUACCCACUCCCAGUGUGCCUCCUGUUGCUGAUCUUAAGCCUCAGCCGACGGGUAGAUUGCCUGCAGUUGAGCAACUGCAAUAAGACCGAGGUGACCUUGAUCCGGGACACGGAGUUCCUGACUUCCCUCACCCUAAGCAACUGCAGCCUGCCGCAUCUGGAAAAUGGCUUCUUCGUGCGCUUCGAUCAUCUGCUCCAUCUAGAGCUGCAAUACAGUGGACUCAGUGACUUGAAUGACUUUUCGCUCAAUGGUCUGAGCAAACUACAAUCCCUCUCCCUCUGCCACAACGACCUGAGCACCCUGAGGUCCUGGUCCAGUGAGCCCUUGGGUGCCCUCACCAACCUCGAUUUGAGUCACAAUAAAUUGAGGAAGCUGAGGGCCAAGAGCUUCGCACUAUAUCCCCAGCUGCAAACACUUGACUUGCAGAACAACCAGAUCAGUCAAAUCGAGGAGGAUUCCUUCCAGGAACUAUCUCAUUUAAAGCAUCUGCACCUGAAUGGAAAUCAGCUGCAGCACAUCGAUGGCACAUUCUUUCGGGGUCUCCAUCGCCUCUCCAGCCUCACACUUCAGCACAAUCUUAUUGAUGGCGUGGAAAUGGAGGCCUUCGAAAGCAACACCCAUCUUCGCAGCCUGCGAUUAGAUCAAAAUCUUCUGGCCAGUCUUCAGUUCCUCGGUCAACGGGGAUUGGCCCGACUGGUUCACUUGAAUCUGUCAAACAAUCUUGUGCAAAGCCUGGAGCCUCUGGGAUUUUCCAAAAACUUCGAGCUUCAGGACCUGGACUUGAGCUACAAUAAGUUAACUAACAUUAGUAAGGAGGCUUUAGCGGACUUGGACUCUUUGGAGCGCCUCAACAUAAGUCAUAACAAUGUGGAAGUUAUGGAUACCGAAAGCCUGGAGUCCCUUGUUGCUCUUCUUCGAAUUGACUUAAGCUUUAAUCUACUGACCAUACUGCCUGAGAAUCUGCUCCAUGCCAACAGUCAACUGGAGGAGCUUAUCCUGGCUUCCAACCAAGUUGAGCAGCUGUCCCCUCAGAUUUUGCUGAAUCAAAAUCAUUUGAGAUACAUCAAAUUGGCCGGAAAUGCACUGCGAGAUGCGUCGUUCUUGCAAAGUCUGUCUCCCUCGCUGAACCGCCUUAGUCUCUAUGUGGAUCUUAGUUCAAACCGUCUAAAAUCAGUCAAUCUCAGCAGUCUCCUUCACUUUCGGUACAUCAAUUUGGCGGAUAAUAACUGGAACUGUGCCUGGUUGGUCGCGAAUUUGGUGCGAAAACUGCCAGCCUCUGUGAACUUUGUUCGCCCCUGGACGGUUAUUAAUGACUGGAGUGAAAACACUACCAGUAUUGAGGGCAUAGACUGCACUGAGGGCGGAAGUAAUCGAUCUAUUAUAUUACUGGAUGUGAGUAAGGUUUCACAACAAAGGACAGGCGACUGCGACUGUGGGGUUACCUAUGAUGAGACCAAUCCCUCGGCACCUCCUCUCACCUGGCCCAAGAUACCCACAGAUCGAUUUGACUCCCGAUCGGUGAUCAUCUGGAUGCUGGUGGCCAUCGCGAUAGCCUUCUCGGGACUCCGUUGGCUGCGAAGAUUCGUGGAUCGCAACGAGAAACAAAAACUCGGGAGAAAGAAGCUGAAUAAUGUGUACGUCAGCAAAGUUCACUGGCAGCCCGUCAGAAACGAUCCCGAGAGAUCUUAAUCUCUUUUUAAAAAUAAAAUUUGCACCGUUUUAAUAACAAAUAUGUUGAGUCUUAAUGUCUUUAAAUAUAAGAGACUUGUGUUUCCAUAGUGAUUACAGUGUAAACAUUGAGUAAUAAAAUCUAAACUUAGGCUAAGAAAUCAUCUUGAGCUGUAAAUUU